AUGUCAGACAUAAACUCAGUGGAGGAAACUGCUGUGUAUGUAGCGCCCGUGUCGCCGAACGUGUCCGAAGACCACCUGCGGGAGAUUAUGGGCAACUUCGGCUCGGUCGGCGCCAUAGAAAUAGCGUCUAUUGAUACGCCGGAUGGAGCGGCCAGAAUCGCAAAAAUCGCAUACCAGUCCACCGAGGCUGUGGAAUCCGCCAUCCAGCACAUGGACAAGGGAGAGAUCGACGGGCUUAGGGUGCGCGUGACUACCAAACAACCAGAACCACAGGAUAUACCGAAGACUACUGUGUAG